CGCCACCCGCGUGACCGCUUCCGGGCGGCGCGGUCAGGUGACCGGCUGGUGUCAUAUGACGGUGGACACUGGAGCCGGAAGCAGGAGUGGAGCGGGCGCUGACGGGGGUGAUGCCAUGGCCGCUGCGAGCUCCAGCAGGGCCAGGGCUGGGCCGCCCUGCGAGAAGUACCAGCUCUCUGUGAAAGUGGUGUCCCUGAGGCCCAAAGCAAACAGCCGCCCAUCGCGGAUGACCUGCUAUGUGGAGGUGACAGGCGACGGGCUGCCCAGUGAGACCAAGAAGACUGGGAAGCAGAUUGGGAGCUCUGAGGUGCUGUGGAACGAGAUCCUCAUCCUGAACGUCACAGCUCAGAGCCACUUGGACCUGAAGGUGUGGAGCUGCCAUACCCUGAGGAACGAGCUCCUGGGCACGGCCUCCGUCAGCCUCAGCAACCUGCUGAAGAACGGUGGGAAACUGGAGAACAGGCAGCUGACCCUGGACCUGCAGACGGAGAACAAAGGCAGCGUUGUCUCUGGCGGAGAGCUGACGAUUUUCCUGGAUGGGCCCACUGUUGAUCUGGGAAGCCUGCCUAAUGGCAGUGCCGUGACAGAGGGUGAGUGCCGCCCGGCUCCACAUGCAUGCGGCAGCUCUGCGCUCGAGGCAGUGAGCAGCAGCGGGGCGAGGAGCGGGGCUGAGAGCACGCCCGGCACCCCCGAGCCAGCACCGCAGUGCCAGCAGCCACCUCCUCUCCCAGGGUCCCAGCUGCCCGGACGGGACCCCAGCAGCAUGGCUGCAGCCACGGAGGGCAGACACCAGCCUCCCAGUGCAAACGUCUUUGGAAGCAGACCAAGGACACACCGACAUGUGGCUGGAGUCGCCAGGCAGAGCACGGGGAGUGGAGAGCAAAGUCCCGGUGCCAGGAGCCGGCACCGGCAGCAGGCCAAGAGCACGCAGCACACCAGCAUGGCCAACGGCGUGGCCAAUGGCAUUGCCAACGGCAUGGCCAAUGGCGUGGUCAACGGCAUGGUCAACGGCGCAGUGAACGGGGACGCAAUGGGUGCUGCAGACGUCGAAGAGGAAAGGCCAGUGGCAGGAGCAACCCCAGCAGCUUCAAGCAUGACUGAUGGCUCGGUCACUCCGGCCCUUCCUGCCUUGGUCAGCUCUGGAGAGGCAGAGGAGGCAGCCUCCAGCUCCAGUGCCCCACCAGCCCGGGCAGCAGUGCUAGCGCUGGAUGCUCUGCCACCCGGGUGGGAACAGCGAGAGCUGCCUAACGGUAGAGUCUACUAUGUAGACCAUAACAACAAGACCACCACAUGGGAGAGACCUCUUCCUCCAGGGGGUGAGGUGCCUGCUUGGCGACCUUUCCUUGUCAUCAGGAUGAUCCAGGAGCCGCCGCUGCCGCCUGGCUGGGAGAUGAAGUACACAAAUGAGGGUGUGCGCUACUUCGUGGACCACAACACUCGCACCACAACCUUCAAGGAUCCGCGCCCGGGAUUCGAGUCUGGGAGCAAGCAGGGUGGCUCCCCGGGAGCGUAUGACCGGAGCUUUCGCUGGAAGUACCACCAGUUCCGCUUCCUCUGCCAUUCGAACGCGUUGCCCAGCCAUGUGAAGAUCAGCGUUUCCCGGCAGACACUCUUUGAGGACUCCUUCCAGCAGAUCAUGAACAUGAAGCCGUACGACCUGCGGCGCCGCCUGUACAUCAUCAUGCGGGGAGAGGAAGGCCUGGACUAUGGUGGCAUUGCCAGGGAGUGGUUCUUCCUCCUGUCCCAUGAGGUGCUCAACCCCAUGUACUGCCUCUUCGAGUACGCUGGCAAGAACAACUACUGCCUGCAGAUCAACCCUGCCUCCUCCAUCAACCCCGACCACCUCACCUACUUCCGCUUCAUCGGCCGCUUCAUCGCCAUGGCGCUGUAUCAUGGGAAGUUCAUCGAUACUGGCUUCACUCUGCCCUUCUACAAGCGGAUGCUGAACAAGCGCCCCACGCUGAAGGACCUGGAAUCCAUCGACCCUGAGUUUUACAACUCCAUUGUCUGGACAAAGGAGAACAGCCUGGAAGAGUGUGGCCUGGAGCUGUACUUCAUCCAAGACAUGGAGAUCCUGGGCAAGGUGACCACCCAUGAGCUGAAGGAGGGUGGCGAGAGCAUCCGGGUGACAGAGGAGAACAAGGAGGAGUACAUUAUGCUGCUGACGGACUGGAGGUUCACGCGGGGUGUGGAGGAGCAGACCAAGGCUUUCCUGGAUGGCUUCAAUGAGGUGGUGCCUCUGGAGUGGCUGCGGUACUUUGACGAGAAGGAGCUGGAGCUGAUGCUGUGCGGCAUGCAGGAGAUCGACAUGAAUGACUGGCAGAAGAAUACCAUCUACCGGCACUACACCAAAAACAGCAAGCAGAUCCAGUGGUUCUGGCAGGUGGUUAAAGAGAUGGACAACGAGAAGAGGAUCCGUCUGUUGCAGUUUGUGACGGGAACGUGCCGCCUGCCCGUCGGGGGGUUUGCGGAGCUCAUCGGCAGCAACGGGCCCCAGAAAUUCUGCAUCGAUAAAGUUGGCAAAGAGACAUGGCUGCCUCGGAGCCAUACAUGCUUUAACCGUCUGGAUCUCCCUCCCUACAAAAGCUAUGAACAACUGAAGGAGAAGCUGCUUUAUGCGAUUGAGGAGACAGAAGGAUUUGGACAGGAAUGAUGGAGCUUUUGGUACUUUCCCAGGUUGGGGAGGGCCCUGGAGCGCUGCUGGGCGUGAAGUGCUGCCCACAGAGCUCAUCCCUCUCCGCAGGAUGGUGCACAGGAUGUGCAGAUGCUGUUGCUCUUGUUCCUGGGUGCGAUCUGUAUUAACGCAGCCCUGGGGGAAACGAGUUCAUGUUUUCCUCCCUAAAAAAACUUGAGGUGUGACAAGAGGUGUUUACACCUCUCACCUCUCUCUGGUUCUGCUCAGCUCACGAUGGAUGCGGAUUGGUGCAGAGGGGAUGGGGGGAAGCACUUGGUAGGCAGCAUGAGGUGCACCGAGGUUCUCUGGUCCCCCCUUGCAGACACAGUUAAAUGUGAUCUGAUUUUGACACAGGCUAUUUUUGUCCCAAGUGUUUUCUGCCUUUUCAUGUCACUUUAAUAGAUGCAGAUGAGGAGGGGAAAUGGUUCUUGAACUGACUCUUGGGUCGCUUUUGGGUCCUGUCCUUCACCCAGCAAAGGUAAUGGGGAACCACAGUUGAUGUUGCACUGUGCAAGGUCCAGGAUGGCCCCUUCCCAUGCCAGACCCAAACCACCUAGCGCCAGGGCCCAGCAACAUGUCUGUUAUGUGUUUGAUUUGCAAGCAUGUGGCCCCUUUGCAGUUGUACGUGUCCUGUGUUAAGUGGUUGCUUGGAGCUGGUGCUUCGCAGCAGCCUUGGGGGCUCUAGUCAUGUUGGGGCACAUCUGGCCUUUGCUUGGUUAUGGGUUCAGCCCAGACUCCCUGUGUUUCCUGUCACCAGCUGGCUGGUGGCAGGAGCUCCUGAAACUGUGUGUGAGGGCAGGACCAGGCCUCUGUCCCUUGUCUUGGUGCCAGCUCUACUUCCCCCUCUCCCUUGUGUGCACAAGGGGAUACGGACCCACGUGAGCAUUGGUGUACAUAGCUGUACAUAAAGGAAGUCUAUGGAUACCAGACACCGCAAUAGCUUUUGACUCGUAACCGAAUAGUUUUGUACUGCACCAUCCUGCCUCAGCCAUACCGAUUUCUUGUGCAAUAAAUGAUAAAGCAGCUGCC